AUGACAAGACAAUGGCACCCUCAUCCAACUGCCAAUGGGCGUUGGACAAGAAGAUUCUACAUUCUUUGCUUAUUGUCACUGUCCGGGUGCUUAUCGGGAGUGACUGUCGCCAAGAAAUCUACUAGUACAACAGCAGCAACCAUAGAAUCACCGUAUGCACAAGAUUUGAAUGAUUGGGUUCGAGCACGCUGCAACAACGACAACGACAACGAUAUAGCACUGUGGGUGUAUCAAGGAGCCUUGGUGGAUCCUUUGGAAGGACGCAAAAUUGCCAACGUCCAAGGACUCGAGAUUGUCCGAUGUAUUGCCAAUGUGGGAACAACAACAAGUCCACAAGACAGUAAACGCCUCUACCAACAACAAUGUGGAGAUUUACAAGUCGCCAAAUUGAUUGGACAGGCCAAUGCCACCUUUGAUCGAGUCUCGACCAUUCUUUCCAGAAAAUUAUUUUGCUAUCAACCACCCGAUGGACCACCACAACUACAACAACAACAACCCAAUACUAAUAAUACUAAUCAAGAACUACUCCGACAAAUCAAAUUGAGACCCAAUGCACCCAAACGAUACAUUCCCAUACAACAAUCCAUUGCCGUAUACGAUACGGCCACUACGUUUAUUGCUCGUGGAGCACAACUCAUUGCACAUACGGAAUGGCCCGAUCGACAGUCCAUUUGGGGAAUGGUCACACGGACUGCUACUACUACUACGACACCAACUACUAAUGCCGACGACCAAACUACGACCAAAUCCUUUGAAUUUACCAUUUUUGCCAGACUCAAAUCACUCAAAACGAAACCAGAAGAACUCUUUGACUUGACCACCACAGUACCGCCCACAGACGACAGCAACAACAGUCAAGUAGAUGCUGCCGUUUCGUCACCCAAGAGAUCCAAACUCAUUGAAUUUGGUACUGGAAGUUCUCGCAGCAAGGACAAGUUUGGAGCGCGGGAAACCUAUUCCUACACCAACAUUCCUGCUUCAGGAUCACUAGCACCUCCUACUCGUCGUGGGUGGUGGGGGCGACCAAAAACUGCUACGACUACUACGCCACCGCAAGUCCGCUACUCGCGCUAUGGAGAAGGACCACCGUUUGUCGGCCCGGGGCGAACAUGUACCUUGGAAUUGCAAGGAAAGCGUGUUUCCAGUGUGGAUGAUCUGCCUCCCUUUUUGGCAAAUGUCGUGGCGGAACGCUUGUCACCACGCUUCUUGACCAGUGUCAUGAAUACUAGUAGUAGUAGUAGCGAGCUGCCACAAUGGUUCCGCCAAUCAGAACGACUGCUUCAAAUCCAGCCGGACGAUGACAAUGAAAAAGCAAGAUUGCUGCCAGAGCAGUGGAGGGAUCGGGGCCAGAAAGCAUGGCAUCAGGUUCGACAACGAGUUUCGACACUAUUUGGCUAG